UGCAGUAUCGGGGGUGUGGUCACACAUGUUUUACAAGUAAGAUGAAAGUCAUACUAAAAGCAAGGAGGCUGUAGUGUGUCUGUGAGCUUCUCUCCGACUCUAAAGCAGAAGCUAAUUACAGCUAAAGGAGAAGUUGUACGAUCCACGUGUUAGGACUUGUUAUUUAUGAGUGGGAGCUUUCAUAAUUAAGAUUUUAGACAUGAGAUUUCUACUGCAGCUCUGAUGGUUCCUUCUGAAAACCUGUGGAAGAGAAGCUUCAGCUGUAGCAGCGUUUGCUCAAAAUGUAAAACUUCAUUGUGAUUAUUCUAUCCACUGAUUAUGUUUCUGUUUUCAUUCCAAACUAAAACAAGGAUGAAGGUGAAUGCCACUCAGGUUGUAUAUUUUACUCUAAACGCCUACUUGGACACCAGUUCAUUCACCUGCUUCUUCUUCAUGAUAGUUCUGAUCCUGUAUGUUUUAAUCGUUGGUUGUAACGUUCUGCUCAUCGUGGUCAUCUGUGUGAACAGGACUCUACAUGAACCCAUGUACAUGUUUCUGUGCAGCCUGUUUGUGAAUGAGCUGUAUGGAAGUGCAGGCUUGUUCCCCUUCCUGCUGAUUCAGCUUCUCUCUGAUGUUCACACCAUUUCUGCUCCUCUCUGUUUCCUGCAGAUGUUCUGUGUUUACUCUUACGGAAGUAUAGAGUUUACUAACCUGGCCGUCAUGUCUUAUGACAGAUAUCUGGCCAUCUGUCAUCCUCUGCAGUAUAAAACAAUAAUGUCACCCAGGAGAAUAGUCUUUCUCAUUGCUGUCAUAUGGUUUCCUCCUUUUUUAGCUGUUGGUGGAACAACCUUCUUGACUUUCUCUUUGCAGCUUUGUGGGGAAAUUAUUGAUAAAAUUGCUUGUUUUAAUCACUCCAUCAUAAAACUGGCCUGUUACGACCCCAGACUCAAUAAUAUCUAUGAACUUGUUAUGUCUUUUCUCACUGUCUGUGCUGCGUUAUCUGUAAUUCUUUACACCUACAUGAGGAUCCUUAAAGUGUGUUUUUCUGGAUCCAAACAGACUCGACAGAAGGCCGUCAGCACCUGCACGCCUCACCUGGCCUCUCUGCUCAACUUCUCUUUUGGUGUUUCCUUUGAAAUGCUACAGAGCAGGUUUAAUCUGAGCAAUGCUCCCAGCAUGUUGCAGAAAGUUUUACCUCUUUAUUACCUUACCUGCCAACCGCUCUUUAACCCGGUUAUGUACGGCCUGAAUAUGUCUAAAGUGCGCAGCAUGUGUAAGGAGCUGAUUCUACUCUGUAGGAAGAAAUGUUAGUCAUGUUUGCUCGUGUUAAGAAAAAUACAGUAAUAAAGUAAAUGUGUACAACUUCCUUACCCACUGGGGGGACGUUGGGGGGGUCAAGCAGCAGCCUCACUGCUGUCAGUGUGCUCCAGGGCAGCUGUGGCUACAAUGUAGCUCAUCAACCUUCGCAUGUGAAUGUGUUUGUUGAUGUUUGUCUUGUAAAUUGCUUUGGAGUCUGACUUAGAAACGCGCUAUACAGAUGUGCAAUAAAACAGGGGAAUUCUGAUCUCUCCUACGAGAAAUAUUAGAGAUCUGUGAUAAUCAUGUCUGAAAAUAAAUGUUUGCAUGACUUUUGUGCCCGGGUGUUCUGACAUUCAGUGAGCUUGUUCGGAUAGAAGGAAGCAGUCCUAGCAACACGUUUAAUUUUAGAGUUAAAGGACUGAUCCUGGUGGGGAAGAGAAGCAGUUUGGAUUCAUCAGGAUUCACAGAUGAAUAUAACUGAGUAUUAACUGAUUUAUAAUUCAUUUUUGUCCCUGUGAUGCGUAUUAAUCAGACUAAGCACCAAACCCUGGGAAACUGUUACAAGAAAAAGAGCCAUUAUUAUCAUGAAUAAACUGGAGUCUACCUGAUGAAUAAGAAAACAUCAGUUGGUUUCUCAGCGGUUUGUUGGUGUGACUUUUGUCAGGUUCCUCCUGAACUUUACAGUUUUUGGUUGAAAACACAUAAUAAUUAUUAUUAUUAUUCAUUUUAUAAAGUGUCUUUCCCUUGGCUGCCACCUUUUCAUGGUAGAGGGGUUUGAGAAUCCCAAUGAUAAUAGGAGCAAAGUUGUUAGGAGCUUCGUGUCCCUGAUAGGGUCAGCUAUGGCAAAACAGGCCCUAGGUGGGG